UUAUACUCAAAGGUUCCUGGUGAAAAGGCUUUCUGUGCUGGAGGAGAUGUAUUAGCUGUAAUCAAAUCUGCAAAGGAAGCCAAAGAAGGUGGCAAAUGUACAGUUCACAAGGAUUUCUUUAGGGAAGAGUAUCAACUGAAUCACCUCAUCGGAAAUCUGUCCAAAACAUUCGUUGCCCUCAUCGAUGGAAUUGUUAUGGGUGGAGGAUGCGGCCUUUCCGUCAAUGGUCGAUAUCGAGUGGCGACUGAGCGCACCAUGUUGGCUAUGCCGGAGACAGCACUGGGACUGUUCCCUGACGUUGGAGGCUCGUACUUCCUCUCCCGGCUCAAGAAUAACCUCGGCUUGUACUUGGCAUUGAGCGGAUAUCGACUUCAUGGCGCCGAUGCUUACCAUGCCGGUUUGGCCACCCAUUAUGUACCAUCUGCGAAACUUGCUGAUCUACAAGGGAAGCUGUUGUCGUUGAAAACAGUCACGGACAAGUCCGUAGAUGCCACAAUACGCGAAUUUGAACCAUCCGACAUUCCAGCAUUUACCCUGGAGGAGCACCUUCCGACUAUUAGUAAAACUUUUAGUGCUAGAUCCGUUGAGGAAAUAUUUGCUAAUCUCAAGAAGGACGGCUCGGAGUGGUCCCAAAAGCAGUUGAAAACGUUAUCAAAGAUGAGCCCUACCUCAAUGAAAGUGACAUUCAAACAACUUGAACAUGGGGCCAAGAUGAGCUUCAGUAAGGUUUUCACGAUGGAGUAUCGUCUUACUCAGCGUUCUCUUGAAGAUCAUGAUUUUUAUGAAGGUUGCAGAGCAAUUCUCAUCGACAAGGACAGAAAUCCGAAGUGGAAGCCUGCAACCCUAGAAGAGGUUUCGGACUCACACAUUGAGCAAUAUUUCGCUCCACUAGGCCGCGAAGAUAUAUUCCUGGACAGUUCGACUUCAAAAAUAUAG